AAAACAACACCAUCAGUGAUUGGGGACGAAACUCCUCUCCGUUUAGGCAGUGAAAACCCUGAGUUUCGUCUUCUCCGUUCGUCUUCUUUGCCGAAAGCAGCAAUUUUGCUUUUAUACUGCCACAGAAAGAGACAGUUUUAAGAAAACAAGUUUCUGUAUAAGUUUCCCACCUUGAGCUUCCCAUAGUAAAGCCAAAAUGGCUAAGCGAGAGCUUUCCAGCAAUCUGAGAAAUUUGAAGUUCAUGCAAAGGGCAGCUCAGAGAGAGGAGAUGGCAAAGAAAGAAGAAGUCAAACCUGAUGUAACUUUUUCCUCCCCUUCUACCACAUCUAGGAAGUGUGUGGUAAUAAUGGAAGGUGACCCCCAUCCUGGAGCAAUUAAAGGUCGGAUGUCGUUUCAAAGUUUCAAUCCAACCAUCGAUAAACUGAAUGAAGAAGCAGGAAGCCCCUGUCAGCCAACAGCUUCUGCCACUUGUUCUGAUCUUCAAAGUGGAAAAUCAUCUUUAAGAGAAAAUGGGUCCUCAAUGGAUGAAGCAGAGUGCUCAAAUAUGGAUAAAUUAGAUUGGGAGGCUAAUGGAGACCACAAAAGAAAACAAUCUGAAGUAAUGCCUGAAUCUCAAUACCCAAGGAAAUCACCCAAAACUGAUCAAGGUGAUCAGCGGUCAUCACCAAAUACGAGUAAAGGCUCUUUCAAGAAACCAAAGGGUGGAAAGCUGGAUUGGAGUGUUCUUAGACGAUCAAAGAGUUAAAAACAAAAGAGUAAGAAUAGUUAGGUGAUUACAUUUGUGGCUGAAUACUAUUUCUUUAUUGUCGCAUUCAAGUCCUAUGUUUUGUAUCUGUAACCUGCUUGCUAAUUAUCAAUGCCCAGUUCUUAGAAUCAGCCAUUUGAAUUUGUUUUAAAUUUUAAAACUUGAAUUAGUAUAACCCCCUCUCUUACCUCUCAUACCAUUACUUUCUUGUCCAGGAUUUUAAUACGACAUCUAGUUUUCAAUAUGUUAUUAAUUUAUGCUUUUUUUCAUUAA